GGAAGCGGAGGCGAGGCAGGGCGGGCGGACGGACCGACAGGUAGAGCAGCGACCGCCUCAGCUUCUUUACUCCUCCUCCUCUUCGCCGCCCUCACUCGCACGGAAAUGGCCGGGCUGCAGCUGGACUUCGGGCCGCUGAAGGAACCGAUCGGCUUCAUCAAGCUCCUGGAGUGGAUAUUUGCAAUUUUUGGAUUUGCGACAUGUGGUGGGUUCACUGGGCAAACUGCAUUGAAUGUAAAAUGCAAAAAUAACAGUGGCCCUCAAGAAUAUACAGCAACCUUCCAAUAUCCAUUCAGGUUGAACUCCGUUAUCCUGAUACCCAAGGGCACAUGCAAUAGUACUGUAGCAACCCAUCUAGUGGGAGAUUUUUCAUCCUCUGCUGAGUUUUUUGUUGCCAUUGCAGUCUUAGCCUUCCUCUACUGUAUGGCCGCCCUGGUUGUGUAUGUUGGGUACCUCCAUGUGUAUCGUGAAGGUAAACGUGGUCCAAUAAUUGACUUCAUUGUGACAGUGACUUUUGCUUUCUUGUGGUUGGUCAGCUCUUCAGCUUGGGGUAAAGGCCUCACUGAUCUCAAGUAUUCUACAAGUCCAAAUGUCCUCAAGGACAACCUUUCAUUCUGCAAGAAUGAAGCUGAAUGUACUGGUUCGAGCGUAACCAGCAUGGGAAGUUUGAACGUGUCUGUGGUGUUUGGUUUCCUUAAUCUGAUUCUAUGGUGUGGAAAUGCCUGGUUUGUGUUCAAGGAAACGAGCUGGCAUGCUGAACCAGAACAACAUCAGCAGGGUCCAGGAAAUGUGGCACCACCAGCUCAGAAUUCAUAGAUGGCAGUUGAAAGAUUGUUGAGGAAUGUGUUUACAACCUCUACAAAACAAUUCAUUUUGCUUAUAACACUGCAGAAGCUUUUGGGGAAACUAUCUAUUAUACCUGUUGUAUUUGCUGUUUGUGCUGUUGUAUCAUGUGCCUUUUGGGAUUGGGUGAGGGAGAGAAGAGAAAAAGAAUGCGUGUAGUCCCAUUUAAGUGUUGAGGUUUCCAGUGCAAGAAUGUUUAGAGACAUUGUCAAUAAUACCAUUAGUGAUUUGUCACAUCAUAAGUACAUAAUACAGUGGAGCCCUUUCAAUAUAUCACUAAUAUGGAGCUAUUUUCUCCCUGGGUUGCUGUUCCCUGAAGAGUAUUUAUCAUGUACACAUACAAUGAUCAGUCAGUGACUAUUUGCCAAAUAUGCUGUUCUCCUAUCUUGACUUGAUGGCAAGUUUGAAAGGAGAUUUGUAUGUAUCAAGCUGUUAUUGAAUACAGAAAAUCUCUAUGCUGAUUAUGAUGUACAAUUUGAUUAUUAAGUAUCCAAUUGGAUUCAUACAGUCCACAUUGUACUGAAAGCAAAAUUUUUUGCAUAAUGGAGAUGUUGCUAUUUAAUGGGCUGUGCUAUACAACACAAUUUAGAACAUCACAUCAAAGAACAUUUUUAUUGCAUUUCUCUAGACACUUUUUUCUGUUUUCUAACAAAAUUAUGCUGAAGAAUUGAUGCCUUUUGGUUAAAUUUGUAUGUUUUAUUUUCACGGGUGUUAAAUCAGUACUUUCAUUGCUUAGUGAUAAAUAUGACCUUUUCAACUUUCAUGAGUUCUACCCUAAGCUGGUCUAAUUUUGUUUUAACUGAGGAAAGUGGCAAACGUAAUUGUCCUAAUUGCUUACAUUCAUUGUAAAUGACAAAAUGAAGAUUUAGUAUCAACUUGAAAAUAUUUAUGUAUCCACAUUUUGCUUUUUGUCUCACAAUCUUAAAACUCCUUUGCUUCUGACUGGUGCUGUUAGUCAGUGACUAAGAAUUGCCUGCAAAGUACCAAAUGUAUUUCAGCUUUUUUUCUUAAAUACACCUGCUUCUGAGUUUUUUGUUUGAAACUAUGCUUUUGUUUGUUAAUCUUUUGCCUAGCUGGAAGCUUGUGGAGGAAGGAGCAGGGUGAAAAAAGAGAAACACUGAUUUGCCAAAGUGCCCAAUCAUCUAUUUGUCAAUGUUACAAAAAUUCCAAACAUUUGCUGAACUUCCAAGAUCUGUCCUCAGCAGACACUGGCUUGCACUUUGAAAAUGGAAUUCUUAGAACAAUCCAUGUGAUUUAUUUGGCACUGCUGAAUUAUGUAAUAUCACUUCAAAGAUGCACCAAGUCUUUUGCCAAACCUUGGUAGACAUUUUGACCUCUUGAAAUGGUCUGUUGUAUUCAAAAAGGCCACUAUUUGAAGAAUUGAAGGAAAAUAAGUAAGAGGUUCUGGUGACAAAGACCUUUUUGUGUUUUUUUUUCAUGUGUUGCUGAAGCAAAUUGGUUAAUAGCACACAGUCAAACUUAAUUGUAUCAUAAUUUUUUUUAACUUUUAUUAAAAUCUGAGUUGUACAAUU